AUGACUUACAAGUUGCGAAUCCGAAAGAAGCUAAUGCCCCGCACCAUUGCAGAUCUCAGUGCUCUGGUGUUUAUCUUUGCCAUUCCUGCUGUGUACUGCUUUGAGGUAUUUAUAGUAGCCCCCACCAUAUACAACUCAACCCUGAAUGUGCUUCAUGCAAUUGCUGGUACAUUCAUUGUGAUCAACAUCAUUGGCAAUUUUGUUGCAAUUAUUUUGGUUGAUACGUCAACACAAGGACUGGUACUGCCAUCUCAGGUGGCUUCAACUUCUGGGCAUUAGUGCGCCUCUUGCUGCCUGGUGUUUGGCUUCUGUGGGAGCCUUCACUAAAUACUCUGUAUGCCUUCCUCUUCUCCAUCAAUGUGAUAGGAUUUCUCUUCAUGUCGGUACUCAUUUAUUAUUAUACAGGCCUGAUAAUAACCAACACAACAACACAUGAGAAUAAUAACCGAAAGGGUCAAAAGUAUGACCUUGGGAGAAAUCAUAACAUUAAGGUAAGCCUUGGGGAAAGAUGGUAUAUGACUUGGCUUUUUCCCACUGUAUCAUCUCCUCUCCCAUAUGAUGGUCUAGACUGGAACACAUAUACCGGAAGUAAAAGUGUGAGACCCAAGACGAAGUAAAGUAGCUGUAUGAUGUUUGAGCUCAAGAGUUGAUCUAGUCAGGAACAUAUUAUCUGGAACCAAAAGUGUGAAACCAAAGAAGUGAAGCACCCUUCUGACAAUGUAAGCUCAAGUACUUAGAGCUUGUCGAGACGAGUUCUUCAAGGAUCAAGUAGAAGUACAAAGUACCUCGUAAGUUCUACUCUUUACUCCCAUAUCAGUAGACUAAAAGCUGAAAAAUAUUUCCACCUUCCUUUUGUCUCUUAAAACCUUCAUCAGAUUCAUUUUGGCUAGUGUUUCCAGUGAUAGCUGAUGGAAUAAAGAAACUUUCUUAUUUUACAUUGUAGGAUCAUAAUGAUUUUUCCUGUAUUUCCACCUGGAGAUCUUGGCAUUAUAAAAGACAAUCUUUCAAUUGUUAUGUUCGUAUGAGCAGACCUCAGGUCUUCAUUUGUUUUGGCUACCUUAUUUAGGUUUGCUAUGGAUGAGUAAUAUUGCAAGAAGAGUGAAUGCUUGAAAAGUAUCCUGGUUUGAAAGACAUCCACUUUGGAAUGUUAUGAAUGCUGGGAAUGCUAAUAUAAAGAAUAUUUUUACAGAUAAUGAUAAGGAUUUAAGGGAUUUGGGAGUAGAAAGACUUAGCAGUUUGUAUAAAGAGGAAGGGAGAAAGUCGUUGGGCUGGUAGCCUCUGUAAAAAUUGGGAUACUAGGUUUACUUAUUGACAGUGUGUGUGUGUGUAACUAAGCCUUAAGUAGAUUUUUUUAUGCUACUAAUAGCUCUGUCUGGGCAUGUGAAGCUUGUGCCUGAAGUAUAAUUUUAAUUCUGAUUGUGUGGAAUUUUAACGGCCAUAUUAACAGCAGUCAUGUUGUUAGUUAGGAUGGUAAUGAUAGUAGUUCAGUAUUAUCAUUUUAACGUUAAAAAAGACUACCAAGUAUACUUCUAGACUGAUAUGGCUGGUUUGAAGGUAUUGAUUUUGAAUGAGGGGUAGAAAUGAAGUACUAUGGCAAAAGAAAGAAAUUAGACAGUCUGGUAGAAAGAGGCCAAAGGUUGAGGAUGAAAGGUAAAAGACAAAUGUUCAAUGUGGUAUGGCCAUUGACUGAAGAAAUGCUCUUUAAUAGUGCUAGGAUUCAAAAAUACUUUUCCUGUUUGCUAAACAUUAGCUUUAUGAAAUGAACUUAUAUCUCAGCAUUUUUGUUAUUAUUUUGGUUGGGUAUUCAUUUAAAGAAAUGGCAUUGUUUUAAAAAGAAUCAAAGUUUCAAGUGAAUUGAAUAGUAAAUGAUAUAAAAGAUCUUUUGAAAUAAAGUGUCAGCGCUUUGUGCUGUCAGGGGGACUUUUGAAUAGUUUAAUAAGAAGGGGGCUUGAUGGCCAGUGCUCAAGUUUUGUGCUGUCAGAGGGACUUUGAAAAGUUGAAUAAGAAGGGGGCUUGAUGGCCAGUGCUCUGAUUAGUGGGCACAGCAGGUGAAGAGCAGGCUGACUUGGGUGUAGGCACAGCAGUUAUAGAAUGGGCACAUUGCAAGGACUGGGCUGAGAAAUUAUCUGAGGAUUUCUGCUUCUACACUGUGACUAAUGACACAGAUGUUUGUUGACGACCUAUGGACCAAAGUCUGUAGCAAGGGAAGCAGACUAGCCAGCAACAGAACUCUUUUAGCGUCUUUACUUGAAAUCUUUCUCUGAGCGUAGUAUAACCAAUGGUUGAACAACUUCUCGUGGCACAUCACAAAGGUGUGUAGUAGUGGACAUACCUGCCUGUGACAGCUACUUCAGAGGAGGUAGAGGUCUUUCUCAAGGGAUGUUAAAGCAUUAGGGUGUGUCCUUACUACAGCAAAGAAUAUCAUAUAAUAUCAAGAACACAUGCAUCAUACUUGAGACUUAGUGUGAAUGACAAGAUGGGAUUAAGUAUGGGCCCCUAUUCAAGGCAUACUGAAGUGUCUAAAACAUUGUUUCAUAUCUCAGUGUCCACCAAGUCCACACUGCAGGCAGUCCCUGGUUAUGUUGGACUCUGCUUAUGUUGUCCCAAGGUAAUACUAUAUUAAAAUAUAUUCAUCAAAAAUUAUUUCCCAGGUUACAGUGCAUGUUUUAUGUUGCCAGUCUGACGGAAGACUGAACUUUAAUAUAGCUCAAUAAUGGCAGUAUGGUGUCAAUUUGGAGGGUUUUUAUGAAAAGUUUAAUAAAAUGCAGGUUAAGUUGUUUCCAAGACACCCAAAGGAUUAAAAGUGAGGUCUUUUACGAUUUUCAAUUAUGUCUCUGGUUAUGCUAUUCUUCGGAAUGGAACCCCUAAGUAACCUGGAUAUUGCCUGUAUUUGAUUGUCUGAAAUGUCACUGAGAAAAGACAAUUUUUCUAAUUUUGUUAGCUUCAGCUGCCAUGUAUGUGUGCCAAAGCAAUGAGCAAUGUAGCGCAAAAUCUGAGCAUUACCAAUUGUUUGCAGAAUAUUCAAGUGGAAGAAUGUAGGGCCACGUAAACAACUUGUAAAGUGAUAUUAGUUUGUUGGUUGCUCAGCCUCAUGGUAACAAUAGCUCACUGACAUAAUAUGCAGAUAUCCAGUAUUUUUCAAAGAUGUUUUCCACCAUGGUCAUUAACUUUUCAAAUUCUUUGAAUGCAAAAUCACAGUACUAGCAGAAUGCAACAGCCCAUGCUGAAAAGCUGCAAAUUGCAAGGAACUCUAAUCAGACUAUAUAUCAAAUUUGGUACAAUUACCGGGUAGCAACACAAUUGACCUAAUACCCAAAAUAGUCUACCUAAAGAAAGCAAAGAACUUGAAGCGAUAGGACUGUAAGGCCAGGUAAAAGAAGUUGGUUUUAUAUGGAACAUUGUUAUUAUUAAGUAGUUUAACAUGACAUGUAAGCUUAAGCCUCUUGAGAUUCCUCUGAUAUCAUCCUAUUCCCAACCUCAGGGAUUCUGUUGAUGACUGACCAAAAUUUUUGCUCAACUGUAUUAUUUUGACUCCCUUUUUGUCAUCUUCCAUUUUUUAACAAUACAAGCUACAGAUAUUCAUCUUCAAAAUAACACAGAAACUAGCUUUUCAUCUUAAAUAAAUUCACAGCAACCAAUAAAAGAAAUAUUUUGCCAUGUCCUUGUCAGUCAAGAGUGUGACCACCCUAAAAUCUCAACAGCUACAGACAAGAAUCUGAUGAUGCCAAAAAUCCCCCAAAACAAACAGAUAGCUGAUCCUGACUAAACCUGGGACCCAAGAUGAUGAUGAUGAUCCCAGAUACUGAACAAUACUUGCUAUAUGAAGAGUACUCUUUUACAACUUGCAGAAAAUUUGAUAAUGGAAGUAUUAAAUUGGAAAAAGGUUGAAAUCAGUGAUGGCUAAUGCAAGAUGGACAAUUAACGAGCACUGAAAGUCACGAAAAGUGAGGUUAUUGGUUGAUAUAAUUGAGGAUCUAAAGGGACAUGUAACAACUACCUUCUAAUGGGGUGUUGAUGGAACGUGGAUUUGGAUUUAUAAAAAAUUCUGACAAGUGUAUUUAAGAAAAUUAUCUACCAACAUAAGGUACUACUUUUUCUAGAAAUAGUUACCUAACAGCAUAAGGUACUUAUUUUUCUUAGAAGUACCUUGAGGGUUUCAUUUGAUAGUAACCAUCUGGGAAAGUAUGGUACUGCUGAAUUGAGAUUACGUAAGUGUAGAUUUUGAGCAUUUAGUGAUAUAUUGUCACUGAGCUCUGUUUAGGGUAACUUUAGCAAAAUUGGUGUACACGUUGAAGAUGUACAGAAAUUGAUUAGCUAUUGUUUUAAUAUGGUAUAUAGUAAUAUAUACAGUAGUUCCCUCCAUCAUUUGUACUUUGAGUAACUGACUAAUCAUCAUCCAUGCAUUAAAAUAGUGGUCACAACUACUGUGUAUUGUGUAGAGCAAAAAUUGUAGGUGCUUAAUCAUUGUAAGUCUCACUUUCUUCCCUUUGUUAUAAAGGAAACAAGCAUAGUUGUUUGGAUUGCAAAGAAACGCUAAUUUUUUUUCUUUUUGUAGUAAAUAUUUUUAUACUGUCAAUUACUAUUUUUGCUUUUAUGUUUGAGUUUUACUACUCAUUUGAAUAGAAAGUAUGUGAUUGUAAUUCUCCUGGAUUUUAUAUGUCCAUUUUUAACAAGUAUUUCAUUAUUCUAAUUUUAUCAUUUUUGUUUUAUUCUUGUUUGGUCAUGGUAUUGACACAACAAUUCUUUAAGU